UAUCUAAAUAGGCCACUCGGUCAGUUUACUACGUUGCAGUCAGGGCUCGAGCUAAAUUCAGCUUCUAUCUUUCAAAUCUCAACGCUGAAAUUGAUCCAAAUUGAGACUUGAUUCAUCGGAUCAAGUCACAAUUAACAGCGUCAAUGUCUUCAUCUUCGUCCACAAACAUGCCUUCAUUGUUUUCGGACAACAAGCACUUUAAGUUCGUUGUGAUUUUAAUAAGAUAUUCAGACAGAGAUUUUUUAAUUUAAACGAGUCUUCGAUUAAAUGGAGCGUUCUGCUGGUAGCAACUCUGCCGAAGGGGGAGAUAUCGACGGUGAAGACCAAGAAGAAUCUUCUUCACAAGACCAUGUUUCAACUUUGAAUGAGUUCAGGAAAGAAUGGAAGAGGGAAAUUGAGUCAUCUCCCCAUCACAGUUCAAAAUGCAAUGUAAACACCACUGAACAAGAGCAGAUUCCUCAUAAUAUUGAAGACAAGCAGGCAAAAGUAUUUUUUCAACUUGGAAUUGAAAAUGAGGAAAAAGGCAAACAUUAUGAGGCAAUUCAAUUCUAUCGAAGAGCAGUCCAGCUUGUCCCAGAUAUCGAAUUUAAAAUUUUUCAGAUGACCACACACUCAUCUAAAGAAAGUAAUAAUGAUACCAGUGAUGAAGAAGAAAUUAAUUCUAUUUUCAUUAACACUGAUCAAAAUGAUGAGUUGUGUUUCAAUGCAAGCAAAAUGGACCUACUUACUCAUUUGAGUAUUGUAAACUUGAAACACCAUAGAACACUGUGUAUCCCUGCUCAGCCUCAAAAAGGGACUCAUUUUUCUUCUCUUCCAAUGGAAAUUUUUCUAUACAUCUUACGCUGGGUUGUCAGUACUGAUUUAGACGUGAGAUCGCUGGAAAUAUGUUCAAGGGUAUGUCGUGGGUUUUACAUUUGCUGCAGAGACCAAGAAAUUUGGAGAACAGCCUGUUCCAGGGUUUGGGGAGUCAAAUGUGGUUCACCAAGUGGUCAAUAUAGAACAUGGAGGGAGAUGUUUAUUAAAAGGCCAAGGCUACAUUUUGGAGGUUGUUAUAUCAGUAAGACCACAUACAUUCGACAUGGAGAAAACAGCUUUCAAGACCAAUAUUACCGCCCAUGGCAUCUGGUUGUGUACUACAGAUACCUACGGUUUUUCUCUGAUGGCCGAGUGUUGAUGUUGACAACCCCAGAAGAGCCGGUGGGAUGCGUCAGCCUUUUAAGAACUAAGCUUCCUGGAUUUCGCCAGCCACCGGUGUUUACCGGUUACUACCGUCUGGUGGAUACAACUGUUUUCAUUGUUUUAUCACCUGGGCCAGACAAAAAAGCGACCAAGUCUAACACAAAUCAGACUCACUCCCACACUUUCCAUAUUGAACUUGAAAUUGUGAGUUACCGUAAUCGCUUACAUGGCCAAUUAAUUUGGAGAGGCUAUUCGGUGUUUACCAAAAGGAAUGGUAUAGAAACAAAUACACCAUUUGAUAUUGACACAACUAAAUAUCCACCUUUUUGGUAUUCGAGAGUGAAGAGCUAUUUAGCAGAAUCUACUACUCCUCUUUGUAAUUAGUUUGGGCCAUUUUAAAACACAUUUAAAAAUUUGUUAAAAAUCAGCAGUGUUGUAUACAGUUAAAUUAAAGAGGCUUAUUUGUUUAA